AUGAUCCGCCUCCUCUGUCCUUCAGCACCUCCUCAGCACCUCCCCAGCACCUCCUCAGCACCUCCCCAGCAACUCCCCAGCACCUCCCCAGCACCUCCCCAGCACCUCCUCAGCACCUCCUCAGCACCUCCUCAGCACCUCCCCAGCACCUCCCCAGCACCUCCCCAGCAACUCCCCAGCACCUCCUCAGCACCUCCUCAGCUCUACAGCAGAGAGGAAGACUCAGACCCAGGUCCUGCUGGGUUUGGAGCCUGCUCCGGGACCAAAUACCAACAUUUUAGUGCGUCCCGGCUACAGACAGAGAGGCAGUGA